AUGUCUUCCCCUUUGGCCAUGAUUUUCCAGCUGGGCUGGUCAGAUCUUACUGAUGAAGGGGAGUUUGCCCUCCAGGACUGGCGCAUCACUCUGCUGCAGACAGCGCUGACACUUCUUGCGCCAUGGCACCCAACCGCGCUGAAGGCCCGGGGGCUUUAUUCCGAAGCUGCCCAGCGGUGGUGGCAUGUUGUGCAGCAGCGCUCUGAUGUGCGGUGGGCAUCUGGGCCAGUCUCGCCGCUAAUUCCGUCGCAGAUCCUGCACUUGGCCAUGGUGCGGAGGGCAUUGCUGACUGUUCGAGAGCUUUUUUGUUGGCGUUUGCAAAUCGCCUCCCUGGAGGUGGCUUCUGUAGGCUUCCCUGCGUUUGGACGCAAAGCACUUGCUGGCAUCCGCUCUGCAUUGUUCUUUGCUUCAUGCCCACUGCGCUUCCACCUCAUCGUGGACCAUGCCGGCGAGAGUGACAUGCAGGCGGCUCUUGCAUCCUUGGAGCCGUGGCUUCGCUCCCGAGGCACUGAGCGUUACGAUGCGUCACGUCAAGACUUGAUGUGA